UUCACAUUUGAGCUCUUUGAAAAUGAAACGAUAAGCAACAGGUCGUUGUAUAGGGUUAAUGCAACUGGUAAUGAUGGACCCUUGGAUGUGAUCACUUAUUCCCUCCAAGAUAAAACUUACUUUGACAUUUCACCAGGUAAAAUCACACAACACACACUGAGAUUUUCUACAUCUGUAAUGAAGUUACAAAUGUUAUAAUUCAGUUUCAAAAUGUUAGAUCAAUAUAUUUAAGUGUGUGGGCUCCUAUUUUCAUAUUUAUAACUUUUUAAUUUUUAAAUAAUUUAUUUUAGAAACCAAGAAGUUCUAUUAAAUAUUUUUAAUUUUCCAUUCUAAAAAAAAUCAAAAAGUAGUUUUGUUAAGUAGAAUUAUCUCUCCACAACUUUUUUCUGUAAGUAAAUAAAUGUUAAUAAUAAUCACAUUUCAGUGACUGGUGAGAUCUCACUUAAAGGAAAUGCUCCAGAUUAUGAAAAAGUGGGGAAUCAGAUUAUACAGACUGUGUGUGCUGAGGACACCCAAAAUCCAACAAAACGCAAAGUUUGUCAAAACUUCACCAUAACUCUAAAAGAUGUAAACGAUGUGACGUAA